CAACCAACCCACGCGCGUAGACUAAAACAACAUUGGCCUGAAGCUCAGUGAGAGAUGGCCUCCUCUGCAAAACAUGAUAACCAAAGAUCUGUAAAAAGAGUAGCUGUUGUUGGUGCUGGGGUAAGUGGGCUUGCUGCGGCUUACAAAUUAAAAUCACAUGGACUGGAUGUUACUGUAUUUGAAGCUGAAGGAAGAGCCGGAGGGAGGUUAAGAAGUGUUUCCCAGGAUGGACUAGUUUGGGAUGAGGGAGCUAAUACAAUGACUGAAAGUGAAAUGGAGGUUAAAGAUUUGAUUGAUGCUCUUGGACUUGAAGAAAAGCAACAAUUUCCAAUUUCACAGCACAAGCGCUAUGUUGUGAAAAAUGGGACACCACUUCUGGUACCCACAAAUCCUGCUGCACUACUGAAGAGCAAACUUCUUUCUGCACAAUCAAAGAUCCAGGUCAUUUUUGAACCAUUUAUGUGGAAAAGAAGUGACCCCUCUAAUGUGUGUGAUGAAAAUUCUCAGGAAAGUGUUGGCAGUUUCUUUGAACGUCAUUUUGGUAAAGAGGUUGUGGACUAUCUCGUUGAUCCUUUUGUUGGAGGUACAAGUGCAGCAGAUCCGGAAUCUCUCUCUAUGCGCCAUUCUUUCCCAGAGUUAUGGAAUUUGGAGAAAAGGUUUGGCUCAAUUAUAGCUGGGGCUUUGCAAUCAAACUUAUUUGCCAAAAAGGACAAGACUGGAGAAACUAAGGAUGCACUAAGAAAAAACAAGCAGAAGCGUGGUUCAUUUUCUUUCCACGGUGGGAUGCAGACACUGACCGAUACAUUGUGCAAAGAGCUUGGCAAAGAUGACCUUAAAUUAAAUGCAAAGGUUUUGACAUUAGCUUACAGUCAUGAUGGAAGUUCCUCGUCCCAAAAUUGGUCUAUUACUUGUUCUUCUAAACAAAACGCACAAGCUGUUGAUGCAGUAAUUAUGACGGCUCCCCUAUGUAAUGUUAAAGACAUCAAGAUCAUGAAAAAAGGAUCCCCCUUUCCACUUAAUUUUCUUCCCGAGGUGACGUAUUUGCCACUCUCAGUCAUAGUUACCACCUUUAAAAAGGAAAAUGUACAGAGACCUCUGGAGGGAUUUGGAGUUCUUGUUCCUUCCAAAGAGCAACAAAAUGGUUUUAAAACCCUUGGUACACUUUUUUCCUCCAUGAUGUUUCCAGAUCGUGCACCCAGUGAUUUAUAUCUCUAUACCACCUUCAUUGGGGGAACCCGUAACAGGGAACUGGCUCAAGCUUCAACUGAUGAGCUUAAGAAAAUUGUUACUUCUGACCUGAGAAAGUUGUUGGGAGCAGAAGGGGAGCCCACAUUUGUCAACCAUUUCUAUUGGAGUAAAGGCUUUCCUUUGUAUGGGCAUAACUAUGGGUCAGUUCUUGAAGCAAUUGACAAGAUAGAAAAAGAUCUUCCCGGAUUUUUCUUUGCGGGUAAUCACAAAGGUGGACUCUCAGUUGGCAAAACAAUUGCCUCGGGUUGCAAAGCAGCUGAUCUUGUAAUUUCCUACCUCAACUCUGCUUCAGAUAACGUAGUUUCUAAUGAAUGACUAGCAUUGUAGAUAUAGGAAAUGUAUGCUUUCUAUUUACCUGAUUUGUAGUUUUCUUUAGCUCCUUGUUUCGUAAACAAUGUAAUAAUUAUUAUCCUUGCACGAUGCAACAUUUCCCAUUCUGAAUUGGGAAAAGGAAGUUCAUUGAAAUGCAGUCAUUUAUAGCUGAAGGAAUCUUUCUUCUGAAAUAAAAAGCUGAG